AUGGCUAAUUUCCUCGAGCUCAACACCGGCGCCAAGAUGCCCAUUUUGGGGCUGGGCACGUGGAAGUCCCCUCCAGGCCAGGUCGGGGAGGCUGUGAAGGUGGCCAUCGACACGGGGUACCGGCACAUCGACUGUGCCCACGUGUACCAGAACGAGCACGAGGUGGGCACCGCCCUCCAGGAGAAGCUCAAGGCCGGCGUGGUCCAGCGCCAGGAGCUCUUCAUCGUCAGCAAGCUCUGGUGCACCUACCACGACAAGAACCUGGUGAAGGAGGCCUGUAAGAAGACGCUGAGCGACCUGAAGCUGGACUACCUGGACCUCUACCUGAUCCACUGGCCGACCGGCUUCAAGGCGGGGAAGGACUUUUUCCCUCUGGAUGGGACGGGCAGCGUGAUUCCCGGCGACACUGACUAUGUGGACACCUGGACGGCCAUGGAGGAGCUGGUGGACGAAGGCCUGGUGAAGGCCAUCGGCGUCUCCAACUUCAACCACCUGCAGAUCGAGAGGAUCUUAAACAAGCCUGGCUUAAAGUACAAGCCGGCAGUUAACCAGAUCGAGUGUCACCCGUAUCUCACCCAGGAGAAGCUGACCCAGUACUGCCAGUCCAAGGGCAUCGUGGUGACCGCCUACAGCCCGCUGGGCUCCCCCGACCGGCCCUGGGCCAAGCCUGAGGACCCCUCCCUGCUGGAGGACCCCAGGAUCAAAGCAAUUGCAACCAAGCACAACAAGACCGUGGCCCAGGUCCUCAUCCGGUUCCCCAUGCAGAGGAACAUGGUUGUGAUCCCCAAGUCUGUGACCCCCAAGCGCAUCAUUGAGAACUUCCAGGUCUUUGACUUUGACCUGAGCAGCUCGGAGGUGAACACCUUGCUCAGUUACAACAGGAACUGGAGGGUCUGCGCCUUGGUGAGCUGUGCCAACCACAAGGAUUACCCCUUCAACAUCGAGUUCUGA